UGUUUCUUACAAGCUGCAAAUAAUCAGAAAUCUCGGACAAUCGACUCUAUUCUGGUGCCCUAAACACACAAAUAUCUCACACUAACACCCGUACUCCACACCCCAUCUCAGCCCUCGGAGAUCAAACACCUCAUCGCGCGAUAGAGUAAUCUUCUCUUCUGAUCUCGUCCACGGCCUCGUCAGCUUUUUCUCUUCACCAACACCUUCUUCCUCUCCUCCGCUUUCCUCUCCUCUUCUCUUUCCUGCUUCUUUAUCUGAUUCUCGCGAUAUCACUACUACUCUCAUCUUCAGCAACCCUUUCAUCUCACUUACUAAUCACCGCUCGAUCGUCUGCAUGACUUCUUUCUGAUCCACGGCUCCACUCUGCUCACCACCCCGAUCUCUUCUUCCCGAGAAGAACCACAUCUAACACCUUCACCAACCCCCCUCCUCGCAGCAACCCUGCCUGAUCGUCGUCAUGUCAGCAAGCUCUGCGCUGUCCCGGUCGUCUCCCACCACCACCUCUUUCCUCUCGACUUCGGCACCACUAGCCUCCGCAGCAGCGUCCCUCCUCUCGACCGACUAUGCCACCAUCCCCACCCCCUCCGCCUCGCCGUCCGGCUCCAGUGACGAAUCGAGCGGCAUCUCCCCCACCCGCUCGCCGGGCCUCUUCUACUUCUGCAUUGUCUUUGGCGUGAUUAUGGUCAUCGUCUGGUCCUUCGUCAUCGCAAAGUACUGCGUCCUCCGCAACCACCGCUUCCACUUUGCCCACGCGACCGACGAAACCGGCGCAAUCAUCCCCUUCACCUCCUUCGACGACCAGGCCCUCGACCUCGGCAUCCUGCGCACCCCCGCCGCCCGCCGCCGCAGCCAGGGCCAGCACCGCCACCGCCGCGGCCGCAAGCUGCUCUCGCAGAUCGAAGUCGACCAGCGCUUCCCGCAAAAGAAGUACAAGGUCUGGCGGACGGAGCGCGAGUGUGCAGGCUUGCCGGCCGAGGGCGGCGUGCUUGCCUCGGCGGUCGCGAGUCGCGCGCCGAGCGUGCGCACGACGGCGAAUCACGACGAGGAUGAGGUGCCUGGAGCGGGCGCGGUGGUCGGCGGAGGGGAAAAAUAUGAAAUGGAGGUGCUGAGGACGGUUGCGUCGACGUCUGAGACGGUGGUGUCGCAGAGCGAAGAGCCAUCGUAUGCAAGCGCGAAGCAGCAGCAGCCGGUGGUGUCGGUCGUUGCGGAGGAAGACUCUGUCGAGCGCGAGAACCCGCUCACGAGUACAUUAUCAGCCGAGACGUACGCGGCCAAAGACGACCUGGACGAUCUCGAAGACGCCGUCGACCGGGCAGGAGAAGAAAAUGACGACGACGACGACGACGACGACGACGACGUAGAAGCCCAUCCGAACCUGAACGGCAGCGAACUUGUCGACGGCGCGGGCGACAUCUGCGUGAUCUGUCUCGAAUCGCUCGAGGACGACGACGACGUGCGCGGGCUCACGUGCGGACAUGCGUUCCACUCGUCCUGCAUCGAUCCCUGGCUGACGACGCGGCGGGCGUGCUGCCCGCUGUGCAAGACGGAUUACUACAUUCCGAGCCAGGACACGCAGCUUGCGGUUCCGGCGGCGACGACGCAGCGGAUCGUCGGGCAUCCGGGCGGGAUCGUGGUGCCGCGGAGCGCGGUGGGCGGGCGGUCGUUUAUCUACGACGGGUCGUUCGGGGUGCAGCAGCCGUAUCUUGGGCGGACGCUGUGGCAGGAGUUGCUGGAUAGUCGGUUUGUGCGGACGCAUUUGACGCGGACGCGGAGCGGCGAGCGACGGGACGAGGAGACGCGAGGUGCGACGGCAGAGACGGGUGGAGAUGAUGGAGCGACGGCGGCGGGAGGACGAGGCUAGUGCGCAGAUUAUGGGACUUGGACUGCAUAGUUCAGUUAUUUGAGAUAUACGAUAGAGAGAGUGUGGGUUAUUGUUUGGGUGACGCUAUUGGAGUCAGGUGGUUGGUUUGUUUGCGAUUUGCGAUGUGCGUUUUGAUAGCGGUGCGUUUUGAUAGCGGUAUCGCUUAAUGAUUCAGCGAUACUGCAUGUUUGUCUGUGUUUUUGCUUAGUUUUGCUUGGUUAUGAAUAAUCACGACGGUUCUUAAAAUAGUAGAAGCAUCAUGAGGUUAUAGCGGCAUAAAGUCACAAAUAGGUCACGGGGAGAUUA